AGAAGCAGAUGUAUCAUUUAUCGGGCCAGGAAGCCGUGCUAUCCAAGCCAUGGGUGACAAGAUCGAGAGCAAACUCCUGGCCAAGGAGGCUAACGUCAAUACCAUUCCAGGUUUCGAUGGAGUUGUAGAGACACCGGAUCAGGCAGUAGAGGUUGCUAAUGAUAUAGGUUAUCCAGUUAUGUUGAAAGCUUCGGCGGGAGGAGGAGGGAAAGGAAUGAGGAUAGCAUGGAAUGAUGAUGAAACAAGGGAAGGGUUCCGACUGUCAUCGCAGGAAGCGGCGGCUAGUUUCGGAGACGACAGACUCCUAGUUGAGAAGUUUAUAGAUAAUCCUAGACAUAUAGAAAUACAAGUAUUAGCCGAUUCCCAUGGUAACACAAUCUACCUGAAUGAAAGAGAAUGUUCGAUACAGAGGAGAAAUCAGAAGGUCAUUGAAGAAGCACCCAGUACUUUCUUAGAUGAAGCUACAAGGCAAGCCAUGGGAAACCAAGCAGUAUCACUAGCAAGAGCAGUAGAUUAUAAAUCAGCAGGUACUGUUGAAUUUUUAGUAGACUCCAAGCGUAACUUCUACUUCUUAGAAAUGAACACCAGAUUGCAGGUCGAGCAUCCGAUCACGGAGUGCAUCACCGGGGUUGAUUUGGUACAGGAGAUGAUACGGGUUGCUAAGGGACACACCCUUAGAUACACACAGGAUGAUAUACCAAUCAACGGGUGGGCCAUUGAGAGCAGAGUCUACGCCGAGGAUCCUUAUAAAUCAUUUGGUCUUCCGUCCAUCGGUCAUCUCCAUCGCUACUCCGAGCCUCUCCAUCUUGAUAAAGUCCGAGUAGACAGCGGGAUCAAAGAAGGCAGUGAGAUAAGCAUGUAUUAUGAUCCCAUGAUCUCAAAGCUUGUCACAUAUGGAGCCACGAGAGAGGAAGCCUUAGCAAUCAUGGAAAAAGCCUUGGAUACAUACAUUAUUAGAGGUGUAACUCACAACAUAUCACUGCUUCAAGAUGUGAUUGCUAACCCUAGAUUCAUCUCAGGCGAUAUCAGCACAAAGUUCUUACAGGAAGAGUAUCCAGAAGGAUUCUCAGGAUGGAAGCUUGACCAAAGAGAGGAGACCAAUCUUAAAGCAGUAGCAGGAUGUUUGUAUAUUCUCAAUCAAUUCAAAGCCCAAAGAUUUACAAACCAAACUAGGGUACCACCGACGCCAGUAUCAUGGGACCAAUCCAAACUGAGUGUAUUCAUCGACGGGCAGAGACAGGAUAUAGUAGUACAGAUGAAUGAUGCUGGAGGCAAGGUGAAUAUCAAUGGAGAAACAUUAGAUGUCGAUAUAUCAUGGUCAGCAGCCCAAGAUGUUAUCACACCCUCUGUUAAUGAUACUACUUUAUGUUUACAGGUUAUUUCAUGUGAUACUGCCGGCAACAUUCAACUUCAAUACAAAGGCACAAUCUUUACCCUGAAUGUAAUGCAGCAAGAGGCAGCUAAUCUCCAAGCAUUGAUGCCUGAGAAGGUCAAGCCUGAUAUGAGUAAAGAAGUUGUCUCCCCUAUGCCUGGCAAGCUCCAUACGCUUCAUGUGCAAGUAGGAGAUUCGGUUGGUGAAGGCCAGGAGGUGUGUGUUGUAGAAGCUAUGAAGAUGCACAACAGUCUCUUCUCAUCAAGAGAGGGAAAGGUUAAAGCCGUUCAUUUUGUUGAAGGUGAUAGCAUAGCGGAAGAAGACAUUAUUCUGGAGCUGGAAUAAGCGCAUGACACAUCAUUACAGUUCACAAGACUUUGUGAGAUGACAGAAAAAUCUAUCAUUAACAUCGCUGCAAUCAUGUCGUCACAAUUGCAUACAUUGUGGGGUUAUGGUACUGUACAUCACAGUGAGCAAUGCUGUGCAAAAAUACAUGUAGACAAAAUAUGCCAUUUUGUAGCCAUUUUAUGUAUAAUAUAGCCCACAGAGAAAAGGGAAAUGAACAAAAUUUACUGUUUUUAAGCCGUUUUUCGAAAGGGCUUCAAAAUGACAGGAAAAUGGCUUGACAAAAGGAGAGAAAAGGGCUACAAAAUGGCAAGUGGCUCAUUGUGGUCGAGCUACAAUAUAUCACUGUGGUAUGUGAUGCAUGUAGUUUGAAGCUUGGAAGAAAGAGAUGAUCAUCCCCCGUAUUUUGAGAUGAAAUGAACUUGUACAUGUAUCCUUGAGAGCAUCUUGAGAGAAAAAUUACAAUGGGGCGGUUUCAUGAAGCUGUUUAUAAGUUGCACAUGAUGUUAUCCACAAUGUUAUGCACAAUUUUGUGCACAACGUUACACAUGACAUUGUGCUCAAAGUUACGCAACGUUGAUGUAUGAUGUUACGUGUGACAUUGCGCACAUUAUACACAAUGUUAUGCAUGACGUUACACGUGAUGUUAUUCAUGACUUGUUAUCCAAUUUUAGAUGCCAAUCAGCUCAAGUUAAAGUCUGAGCCCCGUCAUAUAAAGCAUUGCAAGUGAUCCGAUCAACCACAACUAUGGAAAGCCAGCAGUGCCAAUAUCUAAAAUGCAUAUUUCUUUACAAUUUUUGUUGAUAUAAUGUAUAUUCGUACCUUCAUCAUUGUCUUGACAACCCGGUGUGCUCCUCUUUGCUUGCAAAAGGAUAUUGUGCAAAUUUCCUGUUGGAAAAUUUAUGACAAUAAUGGAUUUCCAUAUAGUUGAGAUAGAUUGGAUCAAUCACAACUCUGUGUGAGACGGGACCGUGAUCAUUUCAAAAUACAAGUCUUGUCUUUAACAUGGAAUGCAAAGUUUUUGAUUUGUAAAAAUUUGAUUGGCGUUAUAGAAAAUUCACUCCCACUGUGGGGUUCCAGUUAAAACUGCUUGUAAAAUUGUGCAUAACUUAUAAACAGUUUCGUGAAACACCACCCUUGAAAUGCUGCAACAAUGCUGGAUACAUUAUUCUCUUCAGUUUUCAUUGGGAGUGGAUUAUAAUUUGCUGACUCUAGAAUUGUGAAAAGAACUAAGAAAUAACUGUAAUGAAAUGACAUCAGUGGAGCCAUCUAAAACUUGCUGUACUACAGACAUGAUUAGCAAUUUUCAUGCUGAGUGGAUUACAAUUUGCAAUACUGUAACAUUGUGACAAGAACUAGAAAUAACUAAUGAAGUUAGUGGAGCCAGCUAAAUUCGUCCAUGUACAAGGCUUUUUUUUUUCAUCCUAGCCUUGGUCAAUUUUGGCCUUCAAGAGUGCGUUUUUUGCAAUCGUGAUUGGGACAGAUUCCACAACAUAGAAAAUCUAUUGUCAAAAGCCCUUCAUGACAAAGCAGUCUUUAUUGAAAAUUGGUGAAUCAAAACAGCAGUUUCCUCCUGGACUCGAACGACUCAUUUGCAAUUUUUCGGUAGCUCAGAAUCUUGCGACAAUCAGCUGUCCCUUUUCACCAAUUUUCGACAAAGACCUGAUUUGGCAGGCAUUUUCAAUAGAUUUAAUAUUUUGUAGAGUCCAUCCCCAUCAUGAUUGCAAACACUUGCUAAUAACUUCACCACAUAAGACAAAGUGUAGAAUUGUGUUCACUACACAAUACUUGUCAGUCAUAAAAUGUCGCCAUCCGACUGGAAAGGAUGAACAUCUGAAUGUUGUCAAUUAUUCCAUGAAAGCUGAUGAAAGAAUUAGUCCCACCCACCCCAACGAGAGCGGCCAAGUGGUUCUGAUUUUCACUAUUUGGUAUUGAAAAAUGAGAAGAAUACUGAUGGUUUCGUGCAAAAUGCUGAUUUCUAAACUUCGAGUUUUAAGUGUCCUAUGCUAUUUUUUGGGAAAAUGCAGAUUUCUUCACCAAAAUCUGAUUUUCAGCUUUUAAAAUACUGAAAUGUUCUUCUUCGGGGUGACAGACCCACCCCACCCCCGUCAGGGAUCAACCAAGUUACAAUUUAAAAAUGCUGAAUAUGGUAGCUUGAAACGUCAUGCACUUCGUGUAUACAUCUGUGUGCAUGUUUAGUUAAUGUAUUUUGGGGUUUGAAGGAAAAUAUAAAGUAAAUGAAGUUGAUAAUGAAAUUAAAGAAUUAUUGACAUUGUGUUUUCAUUUUAAUGUUAAGUGUGCUGUAUUCACUAUUGUGCGUUAAUUGCAUAAACUGCACUGGUACAUACUUGAUUCUGAAUGACAUAUAAUGUACACGAUAUACAUGUAUUUUUCUUAUCUCAUGUUUUAUGCACAAUGUAUGUCAUAAUGCUGAAUUCUAUUGAAAUAACAGGUGUUUGUUGUUUAAAUUACAAUAUUUAUUUUCUUUAAGCCAUCUAAUGGAUUAAAAUUUUAUCAUCAUUAUUGUAUCUCAGAAUGUUUGCUUUUCUAUGAUACAUGCUCCCAGCAAUAACAAUUCUUUGUUUUUUAUCAUAUUAGGGGUUUGGGUUAUGAUUGGGGUUGGGAUUUGUUAGAUUAUUUAAAUGUAAGGCCUUGCAUGAUGAAAAACCUCCAUUUGAGAACACUAUACCCCAGUUUCCCUUUUCAUCAAUUCUCUUCUCCAAGUACUACAAACCCCUAAUUGCCCCAAGCAUGCAAUUUAAAUAUCAAAACACCUGUUUCUUGACCUCGGUCCGAAGGUCCUUCUACAGGCAGAGAAGUCUUACCUAAUAGCACAGCUGUUGUUUAUCAUUUCGUCCUUGGCUCAACGCUCAUUUACUGGCCUGUGGAGGUGAAAUUGAGACAACGGGGAUUACCUGGCCAAGAUGGGUUUAUCGGGGCUUGGAAAUGUUAUUGAGAGUUUCAAAUGAAAAAUGGGGUCUAGAACCGCAGUUUGCAAUCCGAACUGCGGUCUCCCACCAAAUGGGGUUUUGACGUAAUGGUUUGAGGGUUAUCCAUAUGAUGACCGGUGUGUUGGCUCAGUUGGUAAAGCAUCCAUCUCACACCGGGAGGUCGGAAGUUCAAACCCCGGCCACGUCAGAUCAAAAGACGUGAAAGAUGGGAGUUCCAGAGUAUUUCAUUUCAUGUCUAUUUCGAACAAUAAAAUAUGGAUUUUCAUCAUCUUUUUUUCAUGAUAA